AUGAACAAUUACGAAAAGGGAAAAUAUUUAGAAGAUAAAACUGCCGAUAUUGGGCCUGGAGAUGGUGGGAUAGAUAUCUCUGGGGAAGCAGCAAGUAGCGAAUUUAUAAUCCAAUGUAAAAAUUGGGCAAAUAAAAUAGGUCGUAACGUCGUGGAGGAGCUUGCAGGGGUGCUCUCCCGACGCGAAAACCAUGGAAAAAUUGGUAUCGUGGUGGCGCCCUCCGGAUAUUUACCCGGAGCAAAGAAAGCCGGACGGGUGCAUGGGAUAAUAUUAACAAAUGUAAAAGAUCUAUGCAACGAUCUUUUCGACUUUAUUGCCGAAAAACAAAAAGAAAACGAUCAUUUUAAGUUAAACAAAAAUGUAGUUGCCAAGCUGUGA